CUAUUCCAGAAUAAAUUAAAGGAAGGGGAAGUUUAUAAGCUAUCAAACUUUGAUGUUGUUCCAGUCGUUGGAUUUUAUCGUACAACUCUGCAUCCUUACAAAUUGAUUUUUCGAUCGAAUACCAAAGUUCAGAAUUUUGCGAGUUCUGAUAUUCCUAUUUUGGGAUUUUCUUUCACCGAUCUUGCUGAAGUGGCUAGCUACUCUGUUAACUAUGAUUACCUAAUAGAUGUCAUUGGUUUAAUCUCUGGUAUAUCAAAUGAGAGGGAGUAUAUUCGUGCUGGCAAAGUCAUCAAGAUGGUUGUGCUUGAACUUACAGACAAUAGGGAAAGUUUCCAUUCAAGAUGUUAUGAAUACCACAAGGAUUUUUCUUGACCCUGAGAUUAAAGAGACAUCCGAGUUAAGAAAGGGGUUAGCCAUUGCUGGUAUGUCAAACUCCGAAAAAAGUAUUGAGCAAAUUAAUGCUAUGAAUGAGGUUGGAGUGUUUGAUGUCUGCAAAGAGAAUCCAAUUGUUGAACUUUUUGAGUUAGAAGACGUUGGUCAAUCAGCCAAUAAAGUCAAUGCCAUAUUUGGUACUUCUUCCCCUGAUGUUGCUGCUAAAGAAGUGGGAGAUUUAGAAAGUUAUGAAGCUCUGAAUUUUGCAGAAGACACAUUGGUGACUCCCCAAUGUGAGGUCAUUGAUCACACUAUUGUUGAUUGCUCGUCCGUUUUCAAUGUUGACGAUGACACUGACGAUGACAUCCAUGUUGGAAUGUCGGCUUCUAAGCGAUAUCGCAGGUCUUUCAUGAGUAACACAGAUGAUGGUUUUGUUGAAGAAAUUUCUGGUGAAAUUGAUGGAACAACAAUUUGGAGAGAAAGAAUUUAAGAUUGUUUUUUAUAUUGAGGUCGUUGAAAUAGAUCUGGCAGAUUGUGAAGAUUGCGAUGAUUAUCGUAGACGCGGUAUCGUUUGAUUGAUAUUAAUGAUUAAUUGUUGAUGGUUUUCUAGGUCUUGGUAUUUUUCUUUAAUAUAUGGUAUGUAAUUUUAUUAAGUCGUGGAAUGCCCUUAUUCCUGAUGAUGAAUAUUAAUUGGUUUGUAAUUUACUUAUAGUUAGAAUUGAAAUUUAUCUAUUUGGGUUGGUCU